AUGAUAAUAAGUGUUAAAAGUGGCCGUUGUCGUCCAUGGAAUCACCUGAGAAGCAAACUCCCAGGUCGAACCGCCUCACACGUCAAGAGGUCUAAUGAUAGGACAAGUCGUUCAAUGGCUAGUAGACGUACAUCUGUAAACUCAAGGAAAAAAAGUAAUCCCAAAUGUAGUAGAGGAAAAGCUUAUGCUAAGCUUAUUCAAACCAAAUCUCAACGCAGAAUCCCGAAUGGUCGUAUUGCUAGCCGUUCUUCUGCUUUGUACAGGUUAAAAUGCAGAACUUCACAGGCUGUGUAUGUUAAUAAACGACCAUAUAGGCGUCGUAUUCCAAAUGUCAAUUCUCAGGCAAAUACUUCAAAUACUUCACCACAAACUAACUCUGAGUUUGGUAUCAUUCCUAAUGAUGAAAACCCAGUUGAGCAGGUUCAAUCGGUCAGUUGUUCCAACAGAACAACAGGUCUUAAACGAAAAUACACUCGGCGCAAUUCAUCUUCAAGAUUUUCUUAUACUAGAAAACCCAAUGCUAGAAGUACGCAGUCCAACUACACUAACUCAAUUGUUGAUUUUAAUAACUUGGUUAAAAAACAGGAAGCAUUUGUACGGGCUUUUGCUAUCCCAACACACUUGUAUAGAUAUCUUUCCCAUCGUCAUCGUGAUCGUCCGUUAUAUCUGGACCGUACUCUCAGCUAUUUGAUGCCAAAUCCAUCCCGUAAACAGUCGUCUGGUUCACGUCGAAGCAUAAACAGAAUUGUAGAACGUCUAAUUGAAAGACGAAAAGAUUGCAGACAGAAUGAUGAAUCGAAGGAUUCCAGUAAGUACUCAGAAUCCAUUUCGUCUUCCUCUUCAACGACUCCUGGUGAAUUGCCUCAAGAAUUAGAACUCGUUUUUGAAGGCUUUUACGAUAGUGAAAAAGAAGUGGAUUGGGUCACCGUGGACGCUUCUGUUAAUGUUCAUUUACGCUUUGGAUGGGCAUGGCGCCGUAAAAUAUGCCCAGAUGAUACAAUUUUAAAUAUAACGCCAAAUCCAAUUCGAAUAAAUUGUUACAGUCAUUCAACUGGCUACACUUCCCUAGUUAACUCACCACCUACUUCUAAUAAUGAUAAUAUUAUUACUGCUACUACAAAUACGACCCAUACCGCUUGUCGUUUCUCUUUAACCGAUCUAAUUAAUCAAGUUAAAUGGAAUACAUCUAGUGGUCGUUUAACAUCUGCUCAAUUGGAGUUACAUGUUUCCGCCACUGAACGACGUUGGUUAAAACGUCCCGAUUUAAGUCAUGGAGCAGUUAGUUUGAAUGGAAUUACUCCAAACAUUUCAAACAACUUAACAAAUCAUAUUGUUAAUCAUAUAAACCAUAACAAUAAUAGUAAUAAUAACCUAUCCCAAAAUUUGUCUAAAAGUGUUCAUACUGAUGGGAAAAACAACAAUAGCCAUGUAACAUUUAUCAAUGGUAAUCCAUUGCGUAAAGGUGGUUUAAGUUCAAAUUCCUAUCCAGUUCAGUAUGCUACAGCUCCAUUACCUUUGAUCGUAUCUUCAAUUGGUUUCGAUAGUACCAGUACCGGUCGUCAACUGCUUCUGACUCCUGGUUUAUAUGAAUUACGCCUUGGUGUAGACACGUCCGACGGCAAUGGUAGUAGUGGUGGAGUGAUGAAUAAAGUUGUGCCAUUAAAAUGUUUAGAUGACAAUGUAAGUGAAAAGUCAUAUGUUUCGGCUAACAACGACCAAGCAAGUGACACGUGCUCUAGUCAAGUUGAAUGGAGGCGCAUUCGGUUUCCUAAUUCUUCCACGGCACUAGACGAGUAUUCUCGAUGGCCUCGUCUUCGGUUUUCUGUCAUAUGGCAUAAUAAAUUGGAAAAUAAUCAGAUCAUUUCACCUUGUAGAUCGAUGGAAACUCGAAGACAAGAUAAUACCCAUGUACAUAUGGAGGGUCGAUCCUCUCUUACACGUUCCAUGACAAGUUCUCAUAAUCGAGAUGUAAUCAAGUCUCAAAAUCAGUCUGCCACACCGCAUAAACAAAUAGUUUUGAAGGAGUCUUGCGAUUCUUCUGUAUUCAAGGAUUCAACCGGUUUAGAUAAAUGUCUCUCUAAUCGUGUGCAACAAAGUCUCUCUGCUCAUUUUGGACCAGACGUUGAUAAGCCCACGUCUACGAAGACGCCACACUUAAUUCAUCCAAUCACAUACGGUUUUGUAUUCGGGGGUAAUUUACAACAAUGGUCUCAGUCCACUGAUCUUGUUUGUCCAUGGUGCCACUUAGAUUGUGCUCGUGCUGGUGAUAAAGGUCCUGAAGCCUUAAUUCUUCAUCUUCGAACUUGUCAUCCAAGAUUUCGUCUCAAGGUUAUAUGGAAUCCAUCACAUACACAGUUAAGCCUACAAGUUUCAUUAAAUGAAGCAUAUGACGGUUCAAAUGAUUGUGGUAUACGUAGAUGGUGUCCGAGCGGUCGGAAUAUUUUCGUUUUACGACAUCAUGUCAUUCCAUCAUCUGGUCAGUUAGUCGGUAGUUGUGCUGCCCUAGGUAUAAAUAGUAAUGCCAAACAGUCAGGUAAUCAAGGUCGUCAUUCUAUUUCUCCAACUCUGAUUGAUGCCACUGUUCGAAUUCGUUGUCCUGUUCGACGAUUGCCGUACACACAUUUGAUAUUUUGGCGUGGUGCUGAAUUAUCAACUGAUCAGUUACUUGAUCCUACAUUAUCGGUACGACCUAUGGUCACUGGACAUAAUCGUAUUUAUUAUCAUACACGUACAUCUCAGCCUGUUCGUGCUUGUGAAUUUGAUGUGGACUCUGAAGCGGAAGAUGCUCCAGUCUGGCUUCGUCAACAUUAUCAACGUAAAGUGGAGGAGUUCACCGAUGUGAAUCCGGGUGAAAAACAAAUUAUGCAAUUGUGGAAUGCUUUACUACUAUCAAUUCGUCCAUCCGGUUUAGUAGUUUGUGACAGUCAAGUAUUAACAUUAGUCUGUCAAUUUAUACAUCAGCAUAGUCGAUGGAUUCAUAGACGACGUCUACGUACUAAUCUAUUGUUACAUUUAGUGAAUCUUGUUGAUUAUGGCUUAUUAUCAUCUAGUCAAUUGCGUCAAUUAAUGUUAAUUCAUGAUAAACAUGUACAAGAAUUAAAUCCAAUCAACAAUACAUCAGUGAUUAAUAAUCACAUGAUUAAUACACAACCAUUAUCAUCUCCAUCAAACGCUUCAACAACAUCUUUCUUACCCGACUCUAAAUUAGUUAAUCAUCAUAUUAAUAAGUCACAACCAAUUAUGCCACGUCUUCUUCAAAUGUUCUCUUCAACAUCUAAUUCAUAG